UUUUUUUUUUUUUUUUUUUCCCUUGUCCUUUGGCUUCAACUUUUUUUGUUAACUUUCCAUGGUGUAGUUAUGGACGGACACAACCUCUGACUCUGACACAGUUGCCACCAAAUAAUGAAUAAUAAAACUUAAAUAAUCGAUGGCGUUUGUCUAAGUUAUUUUGUCCCAACUGCGGGGGUUGCGGAUCAGAGGCAUUUUACUACUAAAUUAUUACGUGCUUCUCCGCCGUUUGAAUGAUAAUUCCUUCUUUCUGGAUUCUUUUUUCUUUUUUCUUUCUUUUUUUCUUUUUUCUUUUUUUUUUUUUUUUGGUUUCAUCAGCUGGGCGAUAGUUGAGCUCUGGACGCCAAUAAUAAAUAGGUCAAAGAGACUGAUUGGCGUGGGUGAUGGCGCCCACGCCCCUUGAAGCGAAAAAGUCAUGCCAUGGCAGGGCAGAGAAGCACACGGUAUGCCGCAGCCGGGCUUGAGAUGGCAGCCUUUUCUCCGUCUAUAACACUAAUAAUAUAAUAUAAUAACAUGCGAAAACAAAACACGGCCUGGAUGAUAACAAUAAUAAUAAAAGAAUACCCAGCUCGAAUAAUGGCUGGGAUCACCGAUUGCUUGGUCUGGGGUGGGUGGUCUGCACCUUGAAUGCUAAUACUCUGUCUGGCCGGGAAGCUUUGUCUUUUGCCCAUCCAAGAAGCCCUUUAAUCGUUCGGCUGAAUUGACCUCUUCCUCUCGCUGCAUGAUUGAGAGUGUCAAAAAUGUCUCCGAAUGCCUGGUGCUGCUUCUUCGUUAUUAUUAUUCUCUUUCAUCCAUCCAUCUCUCUCCUCUCCCCGCUUGCCACUAGUCUGCAAACCGGUGUGGUGUUGCUGCUAGUUAUUAUUUAGUGCUCUCCACUUCUCCUGAGCUCUAGCGUCCUACGCCGACUGAUGGUUAACUAGUUACUGCUUAUGAUUUCCGCUGCUCAGUUUCCUUGGGCUGCUUACGUUGAGCCUGGCGUCUGUCUGGUCCUUGUCCUGUACUCCGUAGGCUGUCCGUCGUUUGUACGCCCCCUGUGUUUUUCGUACUUCGUGUGGCCGACUAAUUUAGCCCCGAAAUCUUUCUUCGCCUCCUGAGUCCUGGAACUUCAAUCAACGGCUGUCGCUGAAUCGCUGGUCCAAACCUCUUCAUAGAGCUAAACAGCACUACUAGACAACCAGACUAGACUGACUCCUCCCCAGUUUCAAGUGCUACCAGGCUCGCCGUCUCCACACUACUCUCCUCUUCUUCAUUUUGCCAAUUUAUCCAUCCGCGCCCAUUGGAUGGCUUGCGUCUUGGUCAGCUUUGUCUCUCUCCUCUCUCCAGUCGCCGCCAUUCUUCAUCCACCUCUCCCGUAAGGCCCAUCUCGCCAGCCCAAGUUCUUGCGCCUCAGACGAGGGCACAUGUUUUGUUUAAAAGUAGGUUUCCCUCUCCAAUCAAUACCAAUAAUGGGAAUCCCUUCGUUAGCCCAGCUCGCUCUUGUGUUCGUCUAGCGGGCUGAAUUGCUUUUUUGUCAAACCCACUUGUCGUCAUUCGCAGCCUCUCCUCUCCGCGUUGACAGGCAAACAGCCCCAUUCCUCCCACCACCGCCGCCCCAUUCUUCCUUGGACUGCUUGGAGUCGUUGUUCUGGCGCUGCUCCUGUUUUCUCUGACCUGUUCUCCUUUCCGGCCCCAUUCCUGGUCCACAUUCUGCCUUUUUGGCCUCCCAGCGAAACGUAACUGGGAGUUAGUGCCAUCAAGAGCUGCAGGGGAAAGAAAAAAUAAAAAUAAAUCCUCACAUGAAACUCAUUGCAGUUCUGUAUGCUGACCUCUCUCCCAUUUGUCUCUCUUUUGCAGAUUCUCAUUGUUUUGUGAUUUGAAAUUUUUGGAGCUCUGCCCGUUGUCGGCUUUACAAUAGGUCUUGUCCAGGUUCGCUUGUUAACAAACUCCCUCCCUUCGACCUUUCGGCUUUCCCUCCUUCACCCUCCAUCCAUCUUUCAAUCCCUCCCCCCUCAGGCGGAUGUUCAUGUAGGAUUGAUGUGAGAAUUUCCUGGCACAAUGCAGUGCGAUCCCUUGACCGACUCGUUCGGUGCAGUCUCUGGCCGCCACGGCCGUAGCGUGAGCCUGUCUGGCGACACUCCCUUGCCGUCGCAAAGCAUGCUGUCACCGCCCCCGGUUAACCCAGAGCCUCAAUUCAUCGCGGCCACAGCUGCAGCCCAGAUCGUGUCCGCAGACCAAAAUCUCAAUGGUGCAAAUCCAGCAGCUGGCACCAUUGGUGCCUCCGUCACUCGGUCGUCCCUUACUCUCCUUAACCGUUUUCUGGACAACCUACUGUUCAACAUCCUUAUGACCGCUAAAUCUACGAAAUUGAAUGCCAUCAGACCAGCAUUAGCUGAAGUACUGAAACCAAGACUUGCUAAGGAGGUUGUUUCUGCGGCGGAUGAGGAACUGAGUGAAUAUAUGGGUGGCGGAGAAGAUGAGGAGCUAUCUGACUUUCGUGGUGGCCGCGAGCCUGCUGGGCAAUUUGAGCUCGAGCGAUCAUGGAAACUUACCCGCUUACGAUGCAUGGUUUAUACGCGAUUGGGCGACAUGGAGGAGGAGGAUGAGGAAGAACAUCUAUUUCGAGAGGGGCUAAAUGAAACGGAUGUUGGUCCCGCUCGCUUUUCCAAUUGUAUUGGCCACAUUACACCCGCCGCUGCCAUAUUUCUUACCUCAAUUUUGGAAUAUAUUGGUGAACACUCCCUAAUCAUCGCCGGCGAGGCAGCUUCUACUCGGGUGGGAUCGGGCAGGUCUAGCAGGGCACGGGACGAGCAUUCUGAUACACCAGAUGUCGAGAUAUUAGUAGUCGAAGAUAUGGACAUGGAGAAGCUAGCACUAAACCCAACCCUUGGGCGGCUGUGGCGCAUGUGGAGAAGAAACGUGAGGACUCCCAUGCUCUCCAGAACACUUUCCAGAGAGUCAAUGAUACGGCGGGGCCUCUUCCCUUUGAGAGGCACCAGUAGAGCAAGCAGUAUCGGGACAAUAGAAGAGCCAUCCGCAAGUGAAACAUUGCAGAAAUCCACUAAGGCUUCGUUGGAGGAAGAUAUAAAUCCGGCGGAUAUACCAAUCCCAGUAUCUGAAAAUGACGUGGAUGAAAUCGAGGUCCCUGGAUUUACAACCAAACUUUCCAUUGCCGUUCAAGCACGAUCAUUACGCCCUCGAAGCCUCCUCCUAUCCGGAUCUGAUUCCGCCUCCCCAACAUGGGAUCGAUCUGCUUCACACUCCGCGAGGCUGCGAAGCGGUAUGAAUGAUCCUCAGGGUAUUCAUUCUCGUUCCCAGUCGUUGCCUUCCUCACCAAGCUGGCCGCUGCAGCCAAACGGGUGUUUCUAUUUUGGCCCCAAUUCGGCCACUCAUUCAGCGAGAGAUGAACAGAAUCACCUCGAGACUAUGAUUGAAGACGACGAGCUCUCGGACAGAUUGUCGGGAGUUAGAUCUAGCCCACCUGAAAUUCCUCCUCGUAGCAAACAACGUCAAGAACCUGCAGAUACUGAAGACGAUGCUGAGAGCAGUGGCCAUUCUGAAAUCCUAAGCUCUGCGCCUACGACUCAGUUGCAUAGUCCAAAGUUUUCGAAUGGAAUACUCCACCAUGCGGAGCUUCAUUCGCAAAGGAGCCAAGAAAAGCCCAUCCCCCAAACCCAAGGCCCUAAACAAGAAAAUAACCAACCGUCUGAAGUCCCCAGGGCCCACCGCGAGCGUAUGAACAAUGAAAAUAUUCAAGAUAACCGGGAACCCAAAUAUCAAUAUAGGGCACGUGUCGUUACAACCGUUCAGAAACAUUCUCCGGAAUGUACCGUUGGUGAAGAUGGUGCCUCCAGGCAUUCGGACCAAUCUAAUAUCCAACAGGCUCAUGCACAGUACGCAUCUUCUCAAGAUUCAAUCGUGGAGACAUCUUUUGUUACCGAAUCAAACAGAGCUCCGUUCCAGUCUACUCGGCUCAGUCCACAUCAGGAGGUUGAUAACGUUUCUAGUGGCAUCCCUGACCGAGAUUCUCCACAUUCGUUUUUCGGUGCCCAGUCGACUUGUACCACCCAAAGUGGACAAUCUGUCUCCCGGAGUAAUUCGCGGAAACAUAUGAAAGCCUCUAACGGCGGGAAUACAACUCCCCGGUAUCCACCGAGUUCCUCUGUUUCGGUUGGAUCUGAGCGUGCUGCAGUUCAACGAGUUUCUCCUCCGCCGCCUGCGACCCCUCGUGAUACAGGUUCAAAACCUCGUCGGUCCCUGAGUAUCGGCAGCCAUCGGGAUAAGCGGCCGAUAACGUCAGGAUCCACUACCUCACAGGUUUCUAACAAAUUGUUAAAGGGCCUGGUAGGACGACAACCUAGUGACCAUGAUUCCAGGAUUCCUUUUCCAAUACGCACUUCCACUGAAACAAACUCAACUCUGUCUAAAUUCGUGGAAGCCGUUCCGGACCCUACGGACUUGGACCAACUGAUUCAAAGCGAUGAAACUAUCCAUUUCACACUGACACCGCGGAACAUGAGAGAGAUGGAGGAUUCCAAUUCCCCUCGAUGGGGAGCCACGCGAAACGAGAUAGCUGACAUGGACGAGCCGUUGAAAACUACCAGCCCCGCAGGAGAGACAUCGGAAGGUAGGAGACCAAGUGUGGCUUCCUCCAGACUAAAUGCGAUGCGCAUACACACUCCGUCCACUGCUUCGCCGAACAAGUCCAAGUUUGUAGAGGCUUCGCUUGCCCAUUCUAGCCGCCCCCAGUCAUCAGUACACAAGACAGCUACACCACAAGCACGGGAUGCGAGGGUAGAAAGAGAGUCACUGAGAGACUUUGCCGAAUUCAUUAGAUCUACCGGUCCCGAGCAAACUACAGCAGCUCCAAUGAAUCACCGGCGUCGCACGACCAGUUUUGUCAACGGGAGCAGUGGCUCGGGCAACCGGAAGCUGAGUUUGACUAGCAGCGGGACUUCAUCAGUAACAUCGUCUCGCCCCUCACACGUUCUUACCAAAGAACUACCAAAAAAGUCAGCUCCGCGCCUAGAAGCCAGGCCAGCGGUGGCACCAAAGGACAAUGGCACGUCGGAUCUCAUCGACUUCAUAAGAGAAGGGCCCCCAGACGGCUCCCAUCGAAUUCCAAGGACGGUCGCCCCGUUCCGUACAACGAUGGAUUCGGAUGAAUUCCUGCUAAGUCCUAGGGGUGUUCAUCGAGAUUCUGGACGACAGAGCUACACUCCGAGCUCACAUGCCGACUCAACCACGACGAAAUCCGUCCCUUCCUCAUUCAACUCGCGUACCGGCUUGCUCGAUUCCCCAAACCGCGCCAAUAUUCGAACACAGCCUGGUCCGUCCGCUUCUGGUAACGCCACUGACACAUCCGAAAGUUCUAUGCCAGCCAGAAAACAGCGGCGAGUGAAAGAUCCCUAUGCCAUCGAUUUUGAUAGUGACAACGAUGAGUUUGAGAUCGGGAUCUCCUUUGGAGGCCUCAAGGCCCAUAAAGAAGAGGAAGAGAGCUUGGCUGACUUUUUACGCCAUGCUCCUCCACCUCCCGAAUUAGACCAACCUCCCCAGCUUCUAUCUGUCAAUAUGAAUGCGGCAAGUAAAGCGAGAAUGAAGAGUACUGCCUCCAUGAGGACCCGGCUAAUGCGCGCUACAUCCGUGGACAAAGUACCGUCGACUAAGCUGUCACGAUCAUCUCUUCGUUCCUAUAAGUCAAAUACCACCACCGUUUCGUCCCCACCAGGCCCUACAGCCCCGACUCUGGAGACAACUCGACUCAAACUCUCUCGCUCAAAUUCUCAUAUCAAUAGGAGCUAUUCACCCCCUUCAUCUUACAGAGCUUACGUAGAGAGCAACUCUGAUGGUAGAGCCAAUGGGGCUCAACGCCCGCAGCAAAGUCAGCCGACGGCUUAUCAAAGUUCGACUGCGGAGCUUGCAGACUUUUUAAAGAGCACUGGACCGCCCGAGCCCAUUACUCGCCCGGCUUCAGGGGCAUCCUUUGGCGCGGAAAGAGAGAAAGGGAACGGCAGCUCCUUUAGCAGGAUGUUCUCGCGGAUAAAGAAACAGGCGGUUUAAACCUGUUCUUGCUUUCCUAUGAUCUACCUGUCCCCAAUUUUCUUCUUCAUUACUAAAGAGUUGGAUUAUUCGGCCCCAUUUAAAUGCCUUUUAUGUAUAGCUAUUAUUUAUGUUGGUCAGCUUCUUUCUCUUUCUUUUUUUGUAUAUUUGGAUAUCCACGCUUUUUACCCCAAUUGUCCCUACCUACCUCUGCCUGCUUUUUACGAGACGACUAUGGUUUUGAGCACCUCAAAACGGUCCGCUUUUCAGCGAGGAUGAUGAUACAUUUCCUAAUAAUGCCUUCUGUACCUUUCCCGUGUUACUCUUCUACUUGGCACUCUCAUGUGGCCACUAUGUGUGAUCGUUUGUUCCAUUUUCCAUGCCCAUGUUCGUCUCAGGACAUCUUGGUGUAUUUCAAUCCUAAGAUCUCCCCUUUCCUCUUUGCGGAGACGACGAGUAUUGGCGUUUACUUGUUAGCCGCGCUUCUCUAGAGCUAUCUUCACCCACCAACCCAUUUGUACGUUUUAACUUUUCCUUUGUCAUCUUUCUUACUUCUCUGAUUCCUUCGGAAAUUACUUCUCCGGCGGUUUGAAUGUACGUUGUAUGUAUUCCCCGCUUUUCGCUUAUGUCUCUUUAACCUAUUUGCCCCGUACGAUACCGUGUCCCUCCUUUUUUUUCUUUUUUUUUCUCUCUUUUUUCCGCGUCGCGUCACUUGCUCAAUUGUGUACUCGUACUCUAAAUGAUUUUCCUUCCUCUAGGUGGUAAUAUGAUUUAAUGUGCAAAUUUCUUCUGUAUUAACCGGUGCUCUACUGCUCAAUAUCCCUUUUGAUCCCUUCUUUUAGUCCGUCCUAGAAACCACUGCGAUAUCCCAUUCCGUAACACGAUGGACUACUUAUUUAGCUAGUGAUCUGUACGGUUACUACGUGGAGAGUAAUCUUAGUAUUUAUUUAAUUUAGUCUUUUAUUAUCUA